AUGGCCGACGCGGAAGGAAUCUCACUCGAAGAGACGAACAAGAUCCGUAUCUCGCUAGGUCUGAAGCCUUUGACGGAUGAUAAGGCUCCUGUCGCUGACAAGGAGAAGGAGGCUGAGGACAACUACUCUAAAGCUCGAGACAAGGAGCGCAAAGCGCGAGAUGACAAGGCGCUUCGAGAUAAAAUCGCAAAGGUCCGAAAUCGUCAUGAACUCAACGCAAAGUUGAAAGGCACCACUUUGGGCACUCUUGGUGAGGAGGAAGGAGAUACCAGGUCAUGGAUCAAGCGAAACAAGAAAAUGGUCAAGGAGCUCGCCAAACGAAAGCAGAAAGAGCUGGAGGAGAUGGACAACCAAUUCCAAGAGAGCUAUGGCGAAGAUGACUUGGCAGGUUUAAAGGUGGCACAUGAUCUUGAAGGGAUGGAGGAAGGCCAGGAACAAAUCCUGACUCUGAAGGAUGCCCGAAUUCUCGACGAUGCUGAGGACGAGUUGCAGAAUGUCCUGCUGGCUGAGCACGAGCGCACGGAUGAGAGGAUAAAAAACAAGUCAAAGAACCGCACCUAUACCGGCUACGAUGACGAAGAGUUUGCAGAAGGAAGAGCGGGCAUGAAACGCAAGAUUUUAUCCAAGUACGACGAGGAUCUCGACGGACCUCAGGAGACUGGCUUCCGCCUUGGAUCAUCUGCCAAACCAGCCAAGGCGGCGCGUAUUGUCGAGGACAUGGACGCCCCUACCGUCAACAAGGAAUUGUUGAGUAUCGAUUAUUUGAAAAACUUGGACACAUCAGACUACCUGCAAGAGGGAGACGUUGGGUUCAAGAAACAAAAGAAGAAGAAGCGGGCAACACGUCGAGUGGUCGAGUCAGAUAUUGUUCCAGAAGAGCCAACAGAGCAACAAGAUGGCAUGCAAGUUGACGAGGAGCCUACAAGAAAGGCGGACGACAACUUUGUUGAUGACGACGAGCUUCAAGCAGCGCUUGCGCGCUCUCGAAAGGCAAAAGUGCGCAAAAUACCAAAAUUGACAGCAGAGGAGAUAGCAAAGCGAGUCGCCGAAGAGCGUGAAGCAGAAGAAAAGGAGGCGAUCAAGACGGAAGAGGAAGUCGGUUUGGUGAUUGACGACACCACGGAGUUUAUGGACAGUCUCAAACAGGCCAUGGAGCGCCCAGCGGAACGGCGGGUUGUCGUUAUCAACAAUACUCGAACGAAGGAAGAAUCUGAUGAGGACGAAGAUCAGAUGGAGGUUGAGCUCGAAGCGGGUGAGGUCGACGCCAAACAGGAGCAAGAGAUGCUGGCCCUCAAGAUGGAGCUCGACAAACAAUUCGGAAGUGAUGAGGGAGUCAAGGUUGAGGAGCAAGAGAUUGAAGUUGGCACAGCGGCCGAGAAAACUCAUUCUGGCGCGACCGGGGCGCUUCAAACAUCUACGGGAGAUCUCCGUGAGCGUGAACGAAUACAACGCGAGCGUGAUCUGUGGCUCGCGGAACAACGCACGAGGGCGGCUCUCCGCGAACUCGAGCGUGCAGCAGCGCGAGGCGCCAACCGUGACCAACAACAGCGCGAGUACGAGAAUCGACUGCGAGAGCAAAACGAGAUUCGGUCAGCGAUCAAAUCGUUUGAAAACUAUAAGCCGGAUAUCAAUAUCGUGUACCACGACGAGUUUGGGCGCGAGAUGACGCCCAAAGAGGCGUGGAAGGCGCUUUCACAUCGAUUCCAUGGCAAAGGGAGCGGGAAAGCAAAGACGGAGAAGCGCCUGAAGAAGAUUGCAGAAGAGCAAAAGAUGCAGGCCAUGGUCUCUGGUGAAACACCCCUAGGCAUGACGAGCGCGUUCCAGGCGCGGCAGGAGAAGCUCGGGCAGGCACACAUGGUUCUGUCUGUUGGAAAUCGAGGAGCUGCUCCGCAACUAGCCCAAUACAUUGAAACACCGAAUCUUACAAAGACCAAGGCGGAGAAGAAGAAAAAGGGCAAAGAUGUAGACAAGGGCAUGGAGCAGCCGGCGUUGAUGGACGUAACGCACUUUGUCGCGGCUGCAGCACCUGCAUUGGCGACCGAGCAAGCGAGUAAGCCGGCAGCACCCAAAGCCAAGUUUGCGCCGGUCGGAUCAUUUGUUCCCACUCCCGUCGCCGCGACGAAUGGAGAUUCGACACCCAUUUCGACUGGGAGGAUUGCGCUGAACCUCAAGCGCAAAGCGGAAGAUGAGGGAACUGGAACGCCACCACAAAAGAGGCGCUAA